CCGCGCUCUCUGUUCAGUUGCCGCCCAGCCGGCACAGCCGCCGCUGCCGCACCUCGCCGCCGUCGCUCACCGCGAGCGAUUCCGCGUCCGGCUCGUCGUUUGUACGACGGCGCUCUCACAUCUCUCGGACAUCUCCGGCACGACGACGCCGUCAGCGCCCGCCGCCUUGAGACGCUGACGUCACCAGUGGCCGCCGCUAAAAGGCCUUCUCGCUGAGUGUGUCGUCUGCUGCUUGAAUACCGUGGGAUUAAUUCUGAGGCCCAACAAGAAGAAACAGUUCUGUGUGCGAGUGUGUGUGUGUGUGUGUGUGUGUGUCUAUCGUGUUGGUGGCAUAGCGCUGUUUUGUGUCAAUUUUUUUACCCCGGGGGAAGAAACAGUAUCAACGCACAAGCAAAGCACAAGUACAUGCUCAGUGAUACUUCGACGAUGAACCGCUUGGAUACCGCCGCCUCCGCCAGGAUUUAAGGCCUACCUGUUUUGGAUAUUACAUGAUAUUUAAAGGUGAGAUGCGUUCGGCCGUGUUGUACGGAGGAGACCUGAUGGCGGCGGCGGCCUCGGCCGGUACCCGCUCUGUGUGUGUCACAGACGCGCGCAUGUGUACCUGAAGCUGAGUAAGAGCAAUGUGAUGGCGGCUGGCGGCUCGCGGCGCGUGGCUGCCGUGCUCCCCUGGCUGCUCGCCGUGGCCUCGCUGACGGCCCUGCUGGCCACGCCGGCGGCGGCCUCCUCUGACGACUGGAGCCAGUGCCCGGCGGCGUGCAAGUGCAAGUGGGUCUCGGGCAAGAAGGCGGCCGAGUGCACGCAGUACGACCUGACUGCCGUGCCGCGCGACCUGUCGCCGGAGCUGCAGAGCGUCGACCUCUCGCAGAACCCGCUGCAGCUGCUGCCCAGGAACGCCUUCCGCGAUGUCGGGCUCGUCAACCUGCACAAGCUGUUCCUGCGGGACUGCGGCAUCCGCGAACUGCACCAGGAGGCCUUCAGCGGCCUGGAGAUCCUCAUCGAGCUGGACCUCACGGCUAACCAGAUCCACACGCUGCACCCGGGCACCUUCCGGGACAACGUGCGGCUGCGCCUGCUCUACCUCAACCGCAACCCCAUCAGCUCGCUGCCGGACGGGCUCUUCUCCAACAUGACGUUCCUGCAGACGGUGGAGCUGUCCGAGUGCCAGCUGACGCACGUCGGCCACCACGCCUUCCAGAACGUGCCCAACCUGCAGCACCUCAAGCUGGACGGCAACCGGCUGCAGCACCUGCAGCUGCAGGCCGUGGAGCCGCUGGCGCGCCUCGUCGGGCUCGUGCUGCACAACAACCCGUGGCGCUGCGACUGCCACCUGCGCCCGCUGCGCGACUGGGCCAUGGAGCGCAAGCUCUACACCAAGCCCACGUCGUGCGCCGAGCCGCACAAGCUGCACCGGAAGCUGUGGUCCGAGCUCAGCUCCGAGGAGUUCGCGUGCCGGCCGCAGAUCAUGGCGCCGCCCCAGGGCACCGUCCUGGAGGCCGACUCCGACGAGGUGACGCUGAGCUGCAAGGUGAACGGCAACCCGGCGCCCGAGGUGCAGUGGGUCCACAACUCGCGCGUCAUCGGCAACAACUCACGCAGCGUGUACGGCGACCAGCGCUUCGUGGUGCUCGAGGGCCCCGUCGACGGCCCCGUCGUGCCGUCGGCGGCCGGCGGCCAGGGCCAGCUGGGCGCCACCGUCCGCUGGGUCAACCUCACCAUCCGCGGCGUGCGGCCGCAGGAUCGCGGGCAGUUCGUGUGCGUGGCGCAGAGCGGCGGCGGCGUGGACGAGCGCAACGUGACGCUCAAGGUGUCGCGCUCCUUCUCGGGCGGCGGCUUCCUGGCGGGCCCCGGCGGCUCGGUGGCCGAGGCCUGGCCGCUCAUCGCCGGGCUCGUGGCCGGCGUCGUGCUGCUGCUGCUCGCCACCGUGCUGCUCUGCUGCUGCGUGGCGCGCCGGCGUCGCGACCUGCAGCGCCGGGACGCGGCCCUCGUCAUCGGCAAGAAGCCGCCCCCGGAAGGAAGGUCCCCAAACGGGGAUGUGACUCACCAUGUGAGGGCCGAUGGGUCUGAGCAGCAGAAGUCCCUCCUCACCAUGGUGAACCCCGUGCAGAAGCCGCCCCGGCGCUACGACCACCCUUCGGGCCUGGCGGGCCUCACCGGCCAGGGCGGCACCGAGCUCAGCGAGCUCAGCGAACUCAACCGCAACCUCCUGGACGACGGCUCGAUCUAUGCGAGCCAUGUCGAUGACGAGGGUCGGUCUCUGGACUCUGUUGGCGGCGGCAUGACUCCCCAACGCAACGGGUCGGAAGCGGAGGCCCCGGUGGUCACGGACAGAUCCCACCGGCAACCCGCCUCGGUCAACUAUCCUCCGGAUCUUCUUGCUUUCCCUUCAAGGAAAUGUGCUUUCAGAUCGGCGUCAGUCAGUGGAGGGCCCCACAGUCCUGCCUCGACAGCAUCCACUGCCCUCUGUGGCACUUUGCCAUAUUCAAGAAGUCAAUCCCCGUUUUCACCACCCCUGUCCCAACCUCUUGUCCAGCCUCGGUCUGGCUAUGUCACAAUUCCAAGAAGACCUCGAGUUCCAUCGUGGUCAUCUCCAACACCAACACCAUGUCUAGAUGAUCAAAUUUUAUUAAAGCUGGAACCUGUCUAUGACAAUAUGGGUCCGAGGACGACGGCGGAUGGGAGCUCGGUCCUCUCACUCAACAAGACCGGCCUGGACUCUCCAGUGCGGGCGCCCGCCCCGCGACCCGCCCCGUUCCAGCCGCAGCCCAGCCCUCUGCCUGCGUACUACGCACCCAUCGAGGAGCUGGACCCCAUCACGUCACCCGCCAUGAGGCCCAACGGCCACGGCCAGACCAACGGCCACCACUACGGCGUCGGGCGGCAGACGACGGCGUCCCCAUCCCCGAGCAUCGCGUCGUCCAAGUUCACUUCCCCCACGGCGGAGAAGAAUGGACGGCGGGGAUCUUGGUCCCGGAUCUCCCCCGAGUCGACGGGGACCCUGGGGAGGCCAUCGGCGGGCAGCCGGCUUGGUGAAGAGGACUCGCUCUUGAUGCCCGGGACGGUCAAGAGGCCGACCUCGAUAGCGUCCAUUUCGUCCGCGAACUCGACCACCCCGCUGACCAACGGUUCGGCGGGGGCGGCAAUAGUGAGGACGAAAGUGCCCCCCAAACCCCCACCAAAGCCCAAAAAGAAGGUCGGGCCCUUGUUUGAAGACGAGGGCGAGGACGGGACAGAGGUGUGACGACCGGCUCUCCGGCGGCGCUCUGCGCCCCCGUGGCCCUCGUGGCCCCCCACAGUGUUAUGCCCGCGCCCGCGCUCGGGUAUUCCUGGAGGUUCCUCCGGAGAGCGCACCCAGUGUGUAGUGUCGACUGCUGGACUAGUUAGGGUGUGUCUGUCUUCCGUGAUGCUGGCUGACUUGUAAGCCCUGCAUUUCUUGUCCGCUGGAUGCAGAUGCUUGUGAUUUUCUUGAUUACUAAGUGGAUGUAGACUGGUACGUGAUUGAACUAUUUCUAAUACUUGGUAUUUUUAAUUUAUUUUAUGUGGCGACAAAGCUUUCUUAUUUUCUGCCAAAAUUUAUGGAAAAUCAUUGGUUCAAAUUUUGCUAUGAUUCUUUUAUUAACACUUCAUUUGACUCAAGAUUUUGAGGAGUGCAUUGACAUGCAUAUAAACAUUUGCUUGAGUUUUACGUUUUUUAAUUUGGCGUGUUUUAUUAAGAGUAAGCCACCACAUUCUAUGUUUGUUUGAUUUUUAUUAUUUUUUAAAUUAAGGUUUACUUGCACACUUUUCCUAACUGUGAUAAAAUUGAAUCUAUUGCUAUUGGUACACAAUCUAUUGUUUUGGUUCAAAUUAUUUGUGUUUGUAAUUUGAGGAGGUAACAGCAAUACCUGUUAUAACUAUGGAGUUAACACCUGACUUAAACAGCUAGACUAUGUCUUUUUUUUUUUCUUUUUGUGUGUUUUAAUCCAACACUUUGACUCUUUGUAAUUAAAGAAUGUUAGAUUAGAUACUGAAAAUUCUCAUCAGUAAACUUGCCAAUGUUACAUAUCUAGCUUGAUGUUAGUCCUGGUUUUCAAACUCCAUUCAUAAGCAAAAUUCAAUAUUUUCUUUAAUUGAAUAUCCUUUCCAAUUCUCUCAGGAUGCUCCUCAUUUUCUUUGUCAGAAAAAUUGGUUUUCUAAACAGAGGUACUUUGUUUUGCUGUGUGUUGGCUCUCAAAAUAGAUAUUACGGUCAUUCCUGGUCCAAAUCCUAUUGAAAACACUUUAUUAGGUAUUUGAUAUUCCAGAAUCCAGUGCAUAGAGGACUGGUAUUUGACUGAGUACUUCAUCAAAUUCUGUGAAUUUAAAACUAAGUGUGCACGCCUUAUAGUGUAAAGAGCCAAACUAUCAGACGUAUGCAUAUAAAUUAUAUAUGUACAAUCUAUGUUAAAAUAUGUACAGUGUAAUAUAGAAUGUUUGUACUGCAGUGCCUUGAAAUUAAAUAUUUUUCAUUCCAAUUUUAAGUAUAUACAUAUGAUUGAGUCUUCAUGAUAAUUAUGAAUUUGUUGUGUACUUGUGCGACAAAGUGUGUGUAUGUAUGGUUAUGAAAAUUAUAUUGUAUAGCAUGGUAAAGUCAAAAAGAUAUAAUUUAUAGCUUAGGCUUUAAAAUGUUUUUAUUGCUGAUAUAAUUAUUGAAUGGACCGAAGAACAAGGAAUUUUGUAGAUGCAUUGUUAAUUUCUUCUUUCUUUUCUUAUGAUUAGAUAUUGCAGUAUUGGUUACAGUUGUUAUGUUUGUUGUUUGAGGUGGAGUAUUUGCAAUGGGACCAAGUUUAAGAAGUACUUAAAACUCUCUUACUUUCUUUGGACAUAAAUCUUGUGUCUUGUUAAUUUUUUUUACAUUGAUUCUUCAUUCUGAAACAUGCAUGUAAUUCUAGUCACAUGGUGUCUUGUCCCCAUGGCUUAUGGUACAUUACAAGCUGUAGUGUGUUAUGAUGACAUAUUUUGUCUUAAGUACCAGGUGGCCACUAUGAGGUAGGCAAGGCAACCAAUUUUAUUCCAGAUAAUCACAUGUCAGGAGAAGCAUUUGCUGUACAUUUCACCUGCACUCAACCAGUGUAGAAUUAGUUGCCCUCAGAAGUAUUACGACAGCUGAUUUGGACCACCUUGUACCUCCAUAGUGCAGAACAUGUGUAUUACAUAUAUGAGGAUGUAAUGCUGUUAAUUUUUCCUCUUUUUAUUUAAAGUAAUCAGCGAAAUGUAUGUUGUGGUUAUUAGAACACUGCAUUCCUGUUCUUCCAUUCAUAAAAGUGUAAAAAUUUCACUCUUCAGUUUGAACUGCAUAUUUUCUGCACUUUCUCUUUUCUGAUUAAGAGACAAGUUGUCUCAAGAAUUGAUAAGAUUUCAAUUAAUUUUCAUUGCCAUAAAAUGUAGUAUGUACCAUACUAUGGAGAGUCUGAAAUUUAAAGCUACACUAGAUUUUGAAUUGUGGAUGAUACAGUUGAAAGUAUAAUUAAAAGAAUAAACUGUCCUCUCCGUAUAGAGGGGUGCAUUCCAAAACAUGGCCUUAAUUUUGAAAGAGAGAUAAUAUUACAAUACUCCACCUGACUUAGUUUGUUACUUUAAUGUUUUCAAUUCAUUACCAUGUUCCUAAUGCAGUAAAUACCAAAACUUUACUGCAGAGUUAAUUUUAAAAUUCUAAAAGUAAUUGUGGAAGGGAACAGCUUCUUACCUACCGAGGGUGAGAUUUCAGUUUUAAGUGUAAUGUAUUAUCAAUUAAUGUUAUGUCUUUCUAUUGCCGGACCUUAUAUUUUCUGUAUAAAUGAAGCAACUCCUGAUUUGAUUUGAUUUUUUUUUGUUUCUCAUCAUCAUUUAAUAAGUUGUGUGAAUCAUUUAUUUUGCCAUGUUUCUUUCAUCACUGUAUAAACAAAAUUAAGACAUUAGUAAAUGAAAUGUGUCAAACUGAA